UUUUCUAUGUUUCACAAGCCAAACGCAAAGUCUUCUCCCGAGACCCGUGCCAGGCCUGCAGCAUCUCGAGUUUAGAGAUAACACAGAGUUUUCGUCGCUGUAAAGGCGGCGCAGGAGGCACAUCCGGCUGCCACGGGAGAGCCGCAGAGGAGCCUGGCCAUUGCUUGGUGGUAACGGGGGAUCAGCUGAGCUCGGGAACGGGGCAGGCUCUCCAGAAGGGAACCGGUGUCGGCCUGAGGAACGCCUUCCCGGGGACAGCAGCUCACGGCUGCCCCGGCGGCACCGUGCGGCGGAACCUCCCUUCCUCUCCCUCCCUCCCACAAAGCGGCGGGGGGAGCCCUGUCCGUCCGCCCCCGGGAGAGCGGCACCGCCGGUCGGGGUUUAUGGCCUUCACCAUGGUGGCUGUGUGCUGGAAGCUGCCCCUCUGCCUGCUCCUGUCCCAGGCGGUCUCAGCAGGGAGCAGGGAGGGGCACUACGUGGCGGCCGUGUACGAGCACGAGUCCGUGCUGAGCCCGAGCCCGGCGGCGCUGGUGGGGCGCCGCGCCGCGCUGGAGCUCAUGGGCAGGAACCUCGACAUCUACGAGCAGCAGGUGCUGGCUGCUGCCCGGCAGGGGGCACAGAUAAUUGUUUUUCCCGAAGAUGGAAUCCAUGGCUUCAACUUCACCAGAAGCUCCAUUUACCCUUACUUGGAUUUCAUUCCACAUUCACACUCUGGGAAGUGGAAUCCCUGCAGGGAGCCCUAUUUGUUCAAUGACACAGAGGUCGUGCAGCGCCUGAGCUGCAUGGCUCUGAAGAACAAGAUCUUCCUUGUGGCCAACCUGGGCACCAAGCAGCCGUGCGGGCGCGCCGAGCCGCGGUGCCCGCCGGACGGGCGGUACCAGUUCAACACCAACGUGGCGUUCGCCGCCGACGGGGCGCUGCUGGCCACCUACCGCAAACACAACCUGUACUUCGAGGAGGCUUUUGACACCCCUCCCGAGCCAGACUAUGCCUUCUUUGACACCCCUUUCGCUGGCAAGGUUGGCAUGUUCACGUGCUUUGAUAUACUCUUCUUUGAGCCUGCGGUGAACCUCAUCAGACAAUACAAUUUAAAGCAGAUUGUUUAUCCAACUGCCUGGAUGAACCAGCUCCCGCUUCUGUCUGCCGUAGAGUUUCAGCAAGCUUUUGCAACAGCUUUCAAUGUCAAUAUUUUAGCAGCCAACAUCCACCACCCUACCCUGGGCAUGACAGGGAGUGGCAUAUACACUCCAGUCAAAUCAUUCAUCUACCACAACAUGGAAAGUUAUGGUGGCAAGCUCAUAGUAGCAGAAAUUCCUGUGAUUACUGCAGAUUAUAAAACCAAUUUAGAGAGUAAUGAAAGAUUUAGAGAGAACUUACAUGACUCAUGCCGGACUUUUACAAGCACCUCACUGGAUGAUGAAGUUUGCUUUAAGGAGCAAGAGGAGUCUCCUGGCAGAGUAUCUGAAAAAGGAAAGGAACAGUCACCUCCCUCCUUUUAUGCAGAAAUGAUGUAUGACAACUUCACUUUUGUUCCUGUAUGGGGGGAAAAAGGAGAGCUCCAGGUUUGUGCCAAUACUCUUUGUUGUUACUUAAGCUAUCGGAGAGCUGUUUUAACUGAUGAGCUGUAUGCCUUGGGAGUUUUUGAUGGGCUCCAUACAGUGCAUGGCACAUACUACGUGCAGGCCUGUGCCUUGGUGAAGUGUGGUGGUCUCAGCUUUAGCACUUGUGGACAGGAGGUCACAGAUGCCACUGCUCUGAUAGAUUUCCAGCUAUGGGGAAAUAUGAGCACCCCUUACAUCUUUCCUUUGCUGCUGACAUCUGGUAUUACCUUGGACUUUGCUGAUCACAUGGGCUGGAAAAACAACCACUAUUUCCUCAGCAAAAAUAGAACAUCUUUUGGCCUUCUGACAGCUGCUCUCUAUGGACGAUGGUAUGAGAAGGACUAGCACGGAUAUUUGACUGAGUUAGAAAACAACUGCCUGUAUGUUCAGAGUAUGUAUCUUAACAGAGAUUGUUGAAUUUCCUAGAGGUUCAGGUGUGUUUGUGCCGUGACUGCCUGAUUAGGUCCCACUUUUGAAAUAAUGGCUGUAAGUACAGUCUGUACCUUGGUAGUUUAUGUCCUACCAGGAGUGAAAAAACUGCAAAGGUAAAGGCUUGCUGUGAUCUGGUGAGAUGUUUUAUACCAGAAAAUAAUACUUCCCAUUUCAACUAAAUUUGUUCCUUAUAACUUAAUCCUUUGGAUUUUGGGGGUCCUGGCUGGGAGCAUAGAAGAGAAUUGAAUGGAAAACUAUUGCAAGGUUAAAAAAACAAAGGGAAGGAGGACACAAAUAUUAUGCAUAACCUGCACAAAACCAUGUAUGUAUAAUACAUACAGCUUUUAUGUGCUGAGGUUCUCAUUUCUGAUUAGGGUGUCAUGAUUGUUUUUUUUCUUAGAGUCAGAAACUCCCAUUACCACUGACUGGCCACUCGGGUAUCUGUAAUCCUGUUAGAGAUUUAAGUGAAUGUUACAGUUGUAAACAUCUACAGAAUAGCUAAUCUGGGAAACAGGAUUUCAAUGACUGUGAAAACCUACACUGCUGCAAGACACAAUUCACAAGAAAUAAUGUUUGAGGAAAGCAUCAGCAUUGAGUGUCAGUGGCCAUGUUAUGUACCCUUUGAGUACUUUAACUUUCCCUGUUUAAAAGAGAAGUCAUUUUUAGACUGUUUUGACUUUAAGACAUCUUACAUGCUGUUCAUGGAUUUAUUCAAGAGGAGUUAUGAAAAGCACAUAAUAAGUGUGAGACAGCAAGGAUUUUGCAUCAAUGCUUCAUGUGCCAGAUGGCAGGUUUGUGCUGCUGACUGAAACACACCAUUUUUUUCCAGAGCAAUAACUAGAUUAAGUGCUAUAGCUGUUCUACUGCAGUGAAGAAGCUGGGAAGAGACUAUUCAAAGGUUGUUAAUUUGGGGUUAAAUUCAGACAAGUUAAUAUAUUCUCAAGCAUUAUAAUUUUAUGGGGUCUUAUUGGCUGUUAUGAUUUCAUCUGGGUAAUGGCUGUUGAGUAAUGGAAUAAACACAAGUGUUCCUUUGGUGAGUCCUUGUGUUCCAGCUGCUCUGCUAGUCAGGCUGAAAGGAGCAGAGCACAGGAGACAGGAAAGCUGGGAGUGUCACUUUGUUUUUGGUCUGAAUUGGUUCAAACUCAACCCACUGCAGCUGCAAGGAUGAGUCCUGAGAGGCACCCAAUCAGCUCCUGCUUUGAAUGAACUCAUUUUCUGGUUUCAGAAAGCAAAACAACCAGAAAGCUGCUGAAUUUCUACCUUAAGGUUUCUUAGAUAUUUAUACAGAGUUAGUGUAUAAUUAUGGAGGAUCUUAGGCUCUCUCAAACCUUCCUUCUCCAGUCUCAGUCUCACAGUAUCCCUAUGAGUCAGGCUCUUGUCAAACACCACUCUGAUAGAGCAGCACACCCUGUUUGUUUAUCCUGCAGCAUCUACUGGACAGAAAUAUGGAGAGGAGAAUGUGUGUAUCUCAUUAGGCAUAAACCUGCUGCUAUAAAAGCAGGCCAUUCCACCACAGGGUUAUUGAAGAUCAUUCUUUGGCACCCAUACCAUGUUCUUGCUGAAUGCUGCAUGAUUCCAGGACUUACAGGGUAGAACAGAAAAGCAUUUGCUUGUUGAUGCUUCUGCUUCUAGUACCACAUAACCAAGUCUGAAAGAAUGGAACAAUGAACAACUGGAGAUUUCAGCUCUCAGGACCCUUCACUUUGGAGGCUGAAAAACAUGCAGCUUCAUGCACUAAAAUACUCUGUGGGAUUUAGUUACAGAGCAGACCAUUAUCACAGUAAGUAGGCUAAACAAAUAAAUAGCGUUGCACAUAUUUGCUAUGCUUAGGAAAGAAGAGAUAUUUAUCUGUGAAAUACUUGCCAAGUGUGUCCCAGAGAGCUAUUCUAACUCUGAGUAUGUUAAAAUUGUUAGACAAGACCUUCUAGCCCUACUGGAGUUUGCAUGAGGCACGUUCCUGUCUCCUUCCUGAGAAGAGCAGGCAUUAAGUAUCAGAGAGUGUUCUCAUACCUUGUUAUCUUCACCCAAAACAGCUGCCUCCAGCAGAGGGACACUGGGAAAGGUCAAAGAGGCAGUACUGGACACAAUGGAUUGCCAGGAAUAUCUACUGCCACCUCCCACCCUGAUCUCUGAGCAGGAGCAGAUGUGUGUGUCUGACCCGGGGUGGGCACAGUAACCCACACCGCCACCACACACCGGGGGCUUCUGGAGGUGCGUGCUGGAGCAGCAAUGCCAGCAGUGCUCUGUGCCCAAACAAGCCUGCAGUCUUGGGAGUGGAGCUACUGACCACACGCUGAGGAAGUGUGGGAAGCCUUCAGCGAGGCUGAUGUUCACUAGUAACACACUGUCAUGCAGCCCAUCAUCUAAUGCAUAUGAACAGUCUUACUGAAGCUUCCCGAGCCAUUCCUGUCUGAGAGCGCAACAAAACCAAACCAGGACACAAGGAUUUUUGUCAUUGAGGAACAGAGCUGAAAUCUAGAGCAGCUUUAAAUCAGUCUGUGGACCAAAGUGAAACCAGGAUUUGGGACACAGUACUGACACUAAAGAAACUUCCUCUCUGAGACAGGAGGAGAUGAUGCCUUUAAAGGACACUGCUCCUGGAAAGGAUAACAACCAUAGGAACUAUCUGCCCAGGUAGGAGUAACAGCACAUGAGUCAGAAGGGUUGGAAGGUUCCUCACAAGGGAUCUGCAGCUUCAGAAUUCAGAGUGAUUCUCCCAGCUGGAUGUUGGGAUACUCUCCUUCCUAUGAGAGAAUCACCAGAAAGCACAUCAAAGGAACAGCUGGAAACCAGAGCCUUGGAGUUGAGCUGUCAAGAGGCAUGGGAAGAGGCUGAGGUGACACAAUCUGCAGAUCAGAGACCUUCACAAUGCCCAACUGGGCAUAAGCUCCUUUAGGCAGAUCUCAGCUGGUGAAAUGAAAACACCAAAUAUUCAUAGGCUGAGCUGAAUUGUCAUUCCAUCAAGUUUUUGAAAGUCACCAACAAUGAAAAUACUUGAGUUCUCCUUUUUCCCUGCCCUGGGAGAGCAGGUGUGGGCAACACAGGUCAAAAAUCAGAGAUAAUAGUAGGACUCACAGCAAAUGAAACAAACUCAUGGUAGAAGAGAUUAGAAAGGUUGGAUUCAUUAAGGCUUAAAUAGAUUAGGAAGAUUUUUAGAAAAUUGUGCAGACAGUUUGUCUGCAUAAUGCCAAACACAGCUUGGCAAGGGACAGAAAAUACAUGACAGGAUACAUGAAUCACUAGAUUUUGCUUUAAAACUAUUUAAGCUAUCUAUUCUUUUAAUACAGAACACCUGACUUAUGUCAGAUCCCAGGUAUAAAGAAAACUUGCAAGUCUGUCCUUUGACAAGGCUUCAAAGCAGGUUUUGUUUUGUUGUAAACAUGAAUAGCAAGAGUUCUUGCUGCAUCUAUUGCAAAUUUAACUAAAAAAGAAAGAUUGUAAGGUGUUUUUUUUCCUCUUAAAUAUUUAGUGACACCAUCAACAUGAAAGGAUAUUUAGGUUCUCUAUUAUUCAACCAUAAUUACAGUUACAUGGGGGAAAACUGCAAGAUCUCUUUCCCAACCUCAGCUUGAAAAUUGCCAAAAUAUAGCAUAGAAUGGAGCGAGCUAUAUUUAUGCUAAUAUAAAAUAACACACAGCACACCAGGGAAGCAUGGGUAAUUUAAAUACUGCUUUAUUUGAAGACAAAUAGUGUGCUAAAGAGACUGGUAUACCAGGUUGGAAAGAGCUGCGAGAAAUCUUCAAGUCCUGUAAGCAGGUAACGUCAUCUUUCCUUGUCAGGAAAGUUCAGUCCUGAGAUGAGCUGUAGAAUUUAAAAAUUUUAGUCACAUUUACAACUAAUCUUCCCCGGGGAAAGGAGACCAAAACAGUCUUGUGAUCUUGCUGGGCUCUAGAUGCCUGAACAACUGAACAAAAUGCUCUUCAAAAGCUGCCAUCUCAGGUGAUUUUUCUCUCAGUAGGUUUGAGAGUGAAAACAGAUCAAGCUGGGGGCCUGGGUGACCUUCACCAUUCCUUCUUCUUCUUCACACCUCCUUCACGAUUCCUUCUUCUUCUUCACACCUCCUUCUUCACCAGGAGAAGGAAGGCAUUUCCUUCUCCUCUUAAGCAGUAAAAUGAAGGAAUUCUGUGAUAAGGCUUACAGAUUCUCGUAACUACAAUAGCAGGAUAGUUUCUUAAGAAUAGCCAGUUGUUUCAUCAUUAAAAUUAAUACACAGUGAUACCUUUGCACUUAACAUUUGAAAACAUACAGGUAUUAGUGAGAGGACUCCAGGAAAAGCAAAAAGCCAAUGCUAUCAGCUAACAAAGAGACCUGUGCCAUGUCUCUUCUCAUUUCAUGGAAUAUGAUGGGAAAGAGCCCACUAAGGUCAUUGAAGCUCAGCUCCUGGCCCUGCACAUGGUCCAAGGACCCCCAAGGACCACACCACAUUCCCAAGGGCAUUUACCACUUCAGGUUACAGUCUGUAACAUUUGAAGCCCCACGUUUUAUAAAUUUUCAUCUUGUCCAAUUCAGUCACUACACAUUCAGCUACACAUUUAUAUACCAACAACGUUUUCCAUCCCAAUCAGAAUUCUGUUCCAACUGUCCUGCCAGCUUCUGUAGCAUAUUAAAGAGGAUUAUAAGGAAAUAAUCACAGAUCACUGAGAUUACUGCAAGAGGCAAUAACUAUUGAUCUUGGAUUUAAGGUUUUGUAUAAAUUGGCUUGACCAGCUUUAAAUACCUACCUUUUUGUGAUAUUACUAUCAAUUUUACCAAGUUUGAAUUCAGACCUGUGGAAGUUGUGUUAGACGUUUAAACUACUUAUUAAGAGAUUUAAAAAGGCCCUUCUCUCCAAAGUCUAGUUAGUCUGACUCCAACAGCACUGGAUUAUCAGAAAUUACUGUCAGUGGGAAUCAGUGCUUUUUAACCAAAAGUGUGAUGGCAUUUCUUUUGUGGAUACAUACCUCAGCAGAGGCCCAGUGCAAAGCUGUGGGAGCUGAGGAAGAUGCUCCUGCUGCUCCUGCAGCUGUACCAGGGAAACCCAUGGGGCUCCCUCGCCUGCCCUGUGGUACAUGGAGUCAAAGAGCACGACCUCCAGUCCUGCAGAACUGCUAUUUCCAUAAACAUUUACCCUAUUUAUUUAGGUUUCAUUUUUUAAGGUGCAAACUUCACUGAUCCCAACAUGGAAUGGAGUAGUGUGGGCUCCCAGCAGACAUCUAGCACUGUUAAAAAUGUUCCCUGCUUGUGACAAACUUCUCACAAGUAAUGCUAGCCAGUUCUUUGGGCAGUAUUCACUGACACUUCCCAUCUUUCCACACCCUGAUCCUCUCACCCAGUUAUUGCAGGAUCAACAACAGAAAGGUCACCACACUUUUUUUGGAAAAGAGAACCUGAGUUACCCAAACACUUGUGUUACCCCCAACCAACUGCAUUUAAUAAACAUUCUCUGGGUUUUUUUUUAAUAGUAGAUAUCAAUAGAGCAUGCUGUUCUGGGUUACUACAGUAGUUGUUGUGUUUAAAUGAGUACAAUCUGGGCAAGACAAGAAGGCUAAUUCCUCUCAAACCCAGAGUUAAUUGGGUUGGAGAAUCUGCAAACAUUAACUCAUGCUCCUUUUUAGUCACCUUCCCUACAGUUUAGGUAACAGCUUCGGGAUCUUUCCUGCUCCUUUUAACAUCUACACAGAUGCAAAACUUUUAAGUAUUAAUUUUUACAAAUUGACCUAUUUUUUUAGCCAAACACUUGUUAAUUCUUUAGCCUGGUAGCCAAAAUCAGAACAUAGACAAGUCAGAAUUUUAAACAAAAUAAAUCACCAGAAAAAAAACCCCAAACAAUUGCAACCAAUCUAUGUUUUAAAAGUGCCUAGAAUAAAAGCUCUGACUCUUCCACAUAUAUUUAUACAACUAUUUUGGAGACAUCUAAGCAUGGGAAGGCAAUAAAACCUUACAGGAGGAAAUCGGACACAGAGGUUUUAUACGGAGGCACACAAAAAGUCUCCUGAAUUGCGGUAGGGUAACUCUUAGGGGGAGACAGACAAAUUCUUCAUCUACUCAGCAUCCAGCAUUUAUCUUGCAACACAAUACUCUAAAAGUAACAGCUCAGCCUAUGAGGUUAAUACUGACUUGGCAUUUUCUCCUGCAGAACAUUUAUCCUGAGAAUGGAAAAUCCAUAAAACAUCCCAGAAGUCAGAGUACACAGAAAGCUGAGCAGAGCCAGCUGUCCUCAUUCCUUAAGUCCAUUUGAUUCCCCGCCUCCCCAGGAAAAAAGUUUCUUUUAUUCUAAUAUAUUGCUUCAGUAGUCUAGCCAAGGCUCACUGCUCUCCCUCGGUGAAAAUCCAAGAGACUGUCUGGAUAAAGGCUGUAAGAAUAGCUGUGCAAUAUUCAUCUGUAGAAAAUCAGGAGGAUUUCUUUUAGAAAAAUGGAGGUUCCAAAACAAUUUUCUGGAAAUGAACAGACCUCCAACUGAGGUAUGAACAUUUUUUUUUAAACCCCUACCAGACUCCAUCAUCAUUAUUUGCUUUUCAGAAACAAGGAACCUGCUGUUCCCUGACCUCUCAUUAAGGAAGUGGUCUCUCAGCACAGUAGCAUGGUCUUUAAAAAAAAAAUCACGUUCCAUUUUUGGAAUUAGACCAUAUAAUAAUAAUAAUAAUCUUAAUUAUCACUUACAAGGCACAAUUACUGUCUUUCCCAUACUGCCAGGUAGUAAUAGAGUUUUGGGGUUUUUUUUUAACAAAUACAUUCAAAUUGCAAGGUACAGGCUCACUGAAUAAACUGCAAUGAUGAGAUAUACAAAUCAUGUAGCUAUGAAUUCCUAAGUGGAUUUAAGAAUUCAUAAUUAGAAAAGACAGAUAUUUAGCUCAAAGAAGCUCACAAAACCUAGGCUAAAGUAAUGCAAUUUAAUGCAGUGAGAAAUUUUUCCUCAAGAGGUGAGUAGCAAUGAAAUGAAAGGCACAAUUUCUAAUUGACAUAAGGAAACAAACAUGUUCAACAGCACUGUUUUCUGCAUGUCCCGUAUUCCAUAUCCAAAUCUUUGGCUUUUCAACAAACCAAUGCCAUCUGAGCUUUUCCUCCUCUGGCACCCAGGCACACAAUAGUCAUGACCAGCUCAGCCUGUACUGCUCUGCAGUUUUUCCAGCAGGACAGAAAUGUCCCCUGCUAUAGUUUGUGCCCUAUGGCUGCAGACACCACACAGAGAUAACAGGUCAUCUCCAAGUCAGACAGAGGUCAGCAGAGAUAAUAAAGGCCUAUUAAUAUCAUCCUUUCACAGUGCUUUUGAAUGAACAUCAGACAGUUUCACCAACAGAAGCAUGCAGCUGUUACCUUUUAAAUAACAGACACACCACUUGGUGCUCUCAUCAGGUUUCCCACAAGCAUUUGAGGAAAACGGGGCUCCACGUUGCUUCAGCCUUUGAAUUUGAAUUGUUACUGUGAAUACACACGUGGCACACGUGGAUCCUGUGAGUGCUGCCCGUGGCACAAACAUCACUGCCACAGAGCCACACACCUGAGAUUCAGAGGAAAGAGAGCACAGAGAUCACAGCCUCCCUGAAGGCCUCUAACUCUGCUCACAGAUAAACAAUGAACACAGGCACAAACGGUUAAGAAAGCAGUAUUUAUAAGGAAGCCUAAAGGAAUAAUGAAGUGCUGUAAUAUUUAAAAUUACUUUAAGUAGCUCACCCUCACUUUAGAAUUAAAAUACUGACAAAGCCUUCUAGAAGGUUUUAUAAACUCCAACAGUUCGACAAGAGACUUUGUCAUUAAUUCUUAGUACAUACAAAUAAAUUAUUCAUUACUAGAACUCAUAUUUGGGUUUUAUUAUACUCUGUAAAAUAUACAGGAAUCUUGAAGUACUGAAAGAGUGCAGGUAAAUACAGUAUUCAAGCAGUCACUAUUUCUAUGUACAUGCUCAUUAAUUCUUCAAAAACCCCACAAAAUUAUCAAAUUGAUCAAAAUAUUGUCCCAUGUUUCCACACUAUGUUCAGAAAAGCAGCUGUUAAUUUACAGUAUCAAAGAUUUCCAGUUUCACAAUACAAAAAAAGGAUAAAAAUGAAAUUGGAAUCAGUUUGUAGUAAUUUAUUUGUACUUUGCCAGGACACGCAAGGAUUCCUUGCAUGUACAGAAACAAACUCACUUGAAAAGUAACAGUUAUAGUUAAAGCAGAGCCAAAUGAAGUAAAAUUCAUAUUUAACAGACAAAACUUCAGCUUAUUUGUGUCAGUUUUUCAUUCUUCAGGCAAUUAAAGAAAACACAGUAGUCUGUUAUAAAUUAAAAAAAAAUAUUUGGGCAAGUCUGAACUACAUUACAGGGACCUGUUUCUGCUGUUUAUUUUCUAAAUGGAGCACAACAAAGAUACACAGCUCUUCCCACAGACCAGACACUGUACUUUUUUCUCUAAUAGGGAAAUAUACUUUUAAAUUCACCUCCCCUCUUCCCUCCCCCCUCUGUAAAUCUGGGAUUUAAAAAAAAAAGGUGACAGAUAUACAAUUUUAAUCUUACAUACAAAUUUAUGAUGUAAGGAAGUAGAUAAAUUACUGAAAAGAACUCCCAGUCACAACAGGGUUAUCAAGACAUCUCAAUUCAGUUUUUUAUGCAGCUUCAUAGUUUCCAAGUUACUCGUGUAUUUUUUAAAUUAAGAAAAAAUUCCAUCCAAAACUCAAAAGUUAAAAAAAAAAAUCUGUAACUGUGCAACAAUUACUUCUUCCCUCCCACAUCUCCCACCCCUUCCUUCCCUAUGUACAUUUUUAACCCUGACUUCACCUUGUUAGCUGGUUAAAUUUUAGUACUAUAAAAGUAUGACAGAUCAUUUUCAUUUUACCUAAAAGCAAAAGAAAAUAAAACUUAAAAGCACAUUUGCUUUCUUUCAUGGUACAUUUAAUAGUGUCGGAAGGCUUCCAGAUGAUUAAAAAAAAAUAAAAUUCAACAUUUAAACCCAAAUCUAAGCUUCUUUUCCAGAAGUAAUUAAGGUUUGGUUGAAAUAACUUCUCAAAUAACCUAUUCCAGUUUUCACAAAAAUGUAUUUAAUUAAAAAAAUCUUUUAAGUUAUUUGGUCCUUUGGCAAUUUGCAGCACAAACAAUGCCUACUGUACCAAACUCAUUUAUUGCCUUCAAAAUGGUUUUAGUUUUAUUGAGAGCAUUUGAAUCUAGCAUCCUUUGUCUCGUACAAUAGUGUUGUUCAUGUACACCAAGUUGGGUGCCCAGUCUGCAGGAAUUACUCCUGGCACCAGAAACAGAAUGGUUGAAUACAGUUAAAUAAAACAGUUUUGACAUUCUUUAUUUUUUUUUUUUUUUUUGCCGUGGAUUCCAAGUACUUAUUCAAGAAUUUAUGCUUCUUCUGCAAAAUAUGCUCUUAAAAA